AAAGUUAAGAUUAUUUGUGUGUAAAAACUAAUAAUGGAUAAAUUUACUUCACUCUUUACAAAAAGGGCCGACACUCAAAGAAUGGGCAGAAGAUUUACCUUAAGAAGUCUUCGGCUGUCUUUAAAAUAUAGGCCUGAAAUCUUGAAAUUAGUUUUAAAAAUGAGACAAACUAUUAAAAUGAAGAAUGCUUUACUAAGCAAGUUAGCGCGGCAAUUAAAAAACAAUCUAGCAAGUACAUAUCCUUCGUGUACGCAAACAGAGUUAGACCCACCGCAGAUACAGGAUAGGAUCAAUUUAUUGCAAGGUACUGUAGAUCCAAAAUUGUGCGAUAAAAAUAGUACUCAUACACAAACUCCACUUGAGGAAACAGUAGACUUUAGUCUUACUGGCAGAAAAGAAUACCUCUGUGAUAAAAACAAUUCAUACACUCAAACAACACUCGAAGAAACUGCAAACAAAGAAGAAAAAUUUACACAAGAUUCAUGUACCCAGACAGCUAGUCCAGAUGUUAAAGAAAAUGCAAAAACAGACAGUAAUGAGGUCACAUCAACAGCCUGGGAUAUUCAAAGUGGCGAGAAAACAAAGAGUAUUGCAGAACAAGUAAAGGAGGUGGCACAAAGUGCUUUACAGCAGACCGGCAUGGUAUAUGUGGAGACAGCAGGAAUGUACUAUGACUAUAAAACUGGGUAUUACUACAAUUCUGAACUUGGGCUCUACUAUCACACAGACACUGGCUGUUACUACUAUUAUUCUGAUGAAAAGCAAACUUUUGUGUUUCAUUCUUACCCACAAGAUAAUAGUAGUACAAAUAAGGAACCUUACAAGUCCAAAGAAGUUAAGAAAGCAACAAAACAGAAAAAGAAACAACCAUCAGACGAUAUUGCAAACCUAACGAAACAAUUAAAUCAGGAAAAGGAAGAUGGGCAAACAAAACCAAAACGCAGGAAGAUUAAAAACACAAAUAAGAAACAGGAAGAUUCAAGCAAUAUUAAAGAUCAAGAUGUGAAAAUGGAGAUUAAUAGUGAAGAACACGAAACAGAUCCUCUAAAAGCAGAGGAAAAUAAAUUUGAGGACAAAUUAAAUAGAGAAUUAGAAGAUGGUGAAUGCAGUGAUACAGCAAGUGAAGCAUCUGAUGGUGAAGUUUCAGAUGCAAGCACUUCAACCGCAAGUGACGAUGAAUCAGUAGCGAGGAAUCACCCACCGUGCAUGCGUAUCAUUGUCAGAGAGACUAGUUUAGAGAAACUAAAGGUUGGCAGUCUGUACCUCAUAACUAAGGACGGGGGAACUAUCGGUAGAGAAGGAGACCACCAUGCUUUGGUAUUGAGAGACCAUAAUGUUUCAAGAAACCAUUUACAUUUAAAAUACGACAUGGACGAAAGAAGAUACUUGGCAGUUGAUUUGGGCUCCAAGAAUGGCACUCUUCUCAACGGUGUCCGUAUGUCGGAGAGUCAAAGCACGAGCGUCCCGAAUGAGGUAGUCCAUGGCAGCACUAUACAACUAGGUGAAACGAAGUUACUGUGUCACAUCCACGCUGGGAACGACACGUGCGGCCAUUGCGAACCUGGACUCAUUAUGGGAACGCAAGAGAAGGAGAAGCAAGUGGCUUACACACGUACAUGCAGCGUUCAGAAACAGCACCAACUCGAGCUAGCUCGCUUGAAGAACAAAUACGCUCCGAAACGUUUGGCGAUAGAAGAAACCGCAUAUAACGAUAGGGCGCAAACGAGAAGAGAAAAGGUGGGAUCCUCGCAUCAUUCGGAGAAGACCCAGAGCACUGAUAUCAAUACGUUUAUAGAACCAGAAAACAAAGGUUUCAAAUUGCUGGAGAAAAUGGGCUGGUCGAAGGGCGAGGGACUGGGCAAGGACAGCCAGGGAGACCGGGAGCCGAUUCCAAUGGUCAGCAACGAGGGGAAGACAGGUCUGGGAUCGACGAGUGAACCAAAAGUGAUGGUUUCCAAGACCCUGGGCCCCGCGACACUACGGUUGGCUGCUAAGACCAAGAUGCUCCAACCUCCAGCCAAGGCCUUUCAGCAAGCGGAGGAAGAUUCCGAAUAAACAAAAAUUUAAUCAUUACACAGUUUAAACUAUUGUCAGUCUGUCAUCUGUGUCUAUUUUUAAUAGGAACUAGAAAAAUUUAAAAAGUAUUAAAUGUAUUUCAUUAAAUUUGCACCAAUAUUAUGAUGUUGUUUGGUGCACUUUGCGGAAGUUCAUGUUAUAUAAUUCGUUUGUCCGGUAAGAGGCGUCGGCCAUGGCUAGUUACUACCGUACCGAUAAAGACGUGACACCAAACGCUUUUGCAUACCGGUAUGAUGCCGCGUAAAAACAAUUUUGGUUUUUUUCUUGAAUAUAUUAAUAUAAAAAUAGGCUAGCCCGUCACCGUCUUGACCGCUUACUUUUUUAUAACUUUUAAUUAUAUUAUAAUUCACGGCAAUUGGACUUAUGUUCUAAACAAAGCACAAUUACUAUUAUAGAGUCAACUCCUCUUUAGGAUACUCUCGUAAGCAAAAAGCGUAUUUAGGAUGUAAGCUUGGUGUUGCAUGUAAACUUUUUUUUUUCGAUGAAUAUUAAUGAACAAUUAUAAAAAUACUUUUAUUGAUAAUUUAUAUUAAUGAACAAUUUAUAUAAAUACAGAUCAACAUCCAGAAACUAAAACGCCCAUGUUCAUCAUACGAACAUUUUUCUAGUUUAGGGAAUCGAACCCACAGCCUUUGGCUCAGAAAGCAGGGUCACUACCAACUGCGCCAAUCGGCCGUUAUUUGUAAAUUAACUAUGAAUUAUUACACAUUACUGAUUUUUAUACUUGAUGCGAAUUAUAGCAAAUUAAAGUAUAACGCUCAUUGUAUAUCAUGCGUACUUAUAAUUCAGAAUGAUACUUAAUUUAUGAUUUUAUUUUGAU